AUAAAAAAAAAAAAAGGUAAUGUUGAAAAAGGUAAAUCUCGAUAGUUUAAAGAGACAUUCAAUUAGAUCAAUCACAAGGAUUUCUUGAAAUAAGAUUUUUUUUCCCUGCCCAUACCACUUUCUAACCAAGGCGGAUUGGGAAGACCUCAACUCUGCUGGCAGAAAAAAAAUGAUCGUAUUGAAAGUGCUGGGCCUCCGCGCGCAGAAAGAUUAGUCGGCUCGAGCUAGACGAGUCUCAGAAUUAAUGACUAGCAAUACUUCUAGAUUAGAACGCCGAUGGUUACAUUUUCUGGUACAUAAAACUUGACCAGAGACUGACACCUCAAUAUGAGCACCGAAGCCACCUAUAGACCAUGCAAAUAAGAGACAAUGGAAGAGCCUGACACUCAAGAUGACCAGCAGGUGACCCAGUCCACCAUCCUCUACCUUAUCCAGGAAGCCUCCAAACUAGCGACUCCCUGCCCUGCCCAAAACAGUUUUGUAGAUAUUAAGUCUACAACUUUUACUGUGUCAAAAGCAAGGUCCAGAAAGGAAGUAAUGUCAGAUCACAGUCCAUGGGAGGUGAUGAGUCUGAUCAACAUGCAGUGUGAGCGAAUCCUCCAUUCAGGUGAACCACAGGAGGAAGCCUCCGUUACAACUGUGGUCUAUGAUCAUGUUCUGCCCUCGGCAGUGGCUCCGCUGCCUGUUAUACUCGAUGACAGUGGUCCCCCUGAAGGUAUGGACUGCAUUAACAACACUGUGACUGUCUGCUCCCCUAUAGUCUGUACCACAGGGGAUUCUCCUCCCGCGUCCAGGGGAGAGAUGGGUAAGUUAGGUGGAGUUAGUGAUUGCUCCCCCGGGAGUCCAGGCACCAAGUCACCGGUUGUGAAUUGCGGGUACAACACUGAAGCUGUAAUGGGAGAUUCGGGCUCUGCGGUUGUGAGAGACAAAGACAGCGGAGUCACAUUUUGUCUCGCUGUCGAUGGAUUUCCUGUGAGUGAAGAAAGCCGAACGGUAACCUGUGACCCAGUCAAAGAAGACACCACACUGAAAGAGAACUGUCCUGAGGCAGAAGAUGAGUUGUCAUUUAAACAUCCAUCUGCAUCAGUCGACCACCUAUUUGGGCAACCACUUGACCGCAAUAUAGCUACAGUUGAUGAGACCGCUCGCUGUUUAGACAAUAUGACCCACAAACUUCCAGGCCCAGAGGAGCUGAAUCUUAACAUGACCUUGGACUUUAACUCCAACAUAUGUUUUACCCUUGACCCUGAAAAAGACAAACCACCUUUCCCAAACUCCCCUCCGAAUACAUUGCUUAUUUUGACCACUGAACUUGGAUCUGUCAAUACCAACUCAAAGUCAAUACAAGAUGUCAACUUCACAGAGCCACAGGAAGAGCACCCCCAAAGCUGCAUGGAUACGGAGGACAAAACGAACAUCGUCCCUCCAGCGCCCCAGUCUCUCUCGGAACCCCCCCCGAGGGCCACCAAGGUGACCAGAAAGCAGCGUAAUCCCAGCCGGAGUGCUGAUGCGCGGGACCCGGGCUUCCAGGGAGUGACGUUCAGCAUGCAGACGGAGCUAGAUGACAGCCGGGAGAAGUGUCGCCUGCUCAUCACCUCCAGGAAGUACAGUCAACAGCGCUCGAGAGGUCGGCCCCGGGGGUCACUGAAGGCAGGCAGGUCCCGCUCUUCCCAGAGCUCCCUGAGGACCAGCAGCUCUGAAGAGGAGAGCGACCCCUCCAGCCUUCCCAGGAAUAAGAUCUGCGCUUCCUGUUGCACCAAGAAGACUCCUCUGUGGCGUGACGCCGAGGACGGGACCCCGCUGUGCAACGCCUGCGGGAUAAGGUACAAGAAGUACCGCGUGCGCUGUCUGCAGUGCUGGCACAUCCCGAGGAAGGAGGGCAACACCGACUCGCGCUGCUUCAAAUGCGGCGACUUGCUACGGCUGGCGCCGUCCAACCGCAAGCCCCCCCGCCUGGCGGCAGAAGCGGCCCCGUGAAGGCCCUCGUGCCUUGUUCACUACGGGAGCUGAGAUAUUAAACCCCACCUGCGGGUGACAUAGCACACGGAAGCACGGACCGCACCCACCGGCCCCUGCACAGGACUCUGGGACUGCCGGGAUAAUUUAAUAGUCGAAAUGAUUCUGGCGGGUUGCUGUGGUCCGGAUACUGGCAGCUUGGACUGAAGGAAAGUGAGUCCAAUGACGCCGCUGUCUUCUGUAGCCACAGAGUCUGUUCACUCCGUCCCUGUCAUUUAGUGGGUCAUUUUGGACGCGCACACGGCCACUGUCUACGUUGACUGUACUUUGAGCAUGACGCGCUCUGCUGUCUGAUUGUGAGAUGUAGUAAUUUAUAUCUGCUGCUGUUCAUGUUAAGUUUGUUUUUGGUAUUAAUGUUUUUCCCCUUAUUUUUUGUUCUACUUGGCACUUUUGGCAUUUGGUGCACGGCUGGAUUAGGCAAUCCCCUUUAUAGUUUAUUCUUUAUUGUCCUUAUAGACGGUUUGCUGUGGAUGUGAAAAAAAUAAAAGCAUUAAACUCUUGUUAAA